ACUCAUAUCGCGCAAAUAUCCGGGGAAGGAAGAGAUUAAAUGCGAAGUGAACAAUUGUCAAAAUCACACUGCAACCACUGCUAGCCGAUUGUAAUUAUUGCGUGACUAUACGCGAUAAAACAUCAAGAAAGGACAGAAACGUGAGUUUUAUCAAAAUAAUAAAAUGUUUCGCAGUUCAGCAAAUUUUGACAAAUUGUUAGAUAAGGCAACGAGCCAUCUGCAGUUAGAACCAGAUUGGCCUACAAUAUUGCAAAUUUGUGACCUUAUACGUCAAAGCGAUGUUCAGCCAAAAACUGCACUUGCUGCUAUAAAAAAGAAAAUAAUAAACCCUAAUCCACAUGUAGCGCUAUAUGCUUUAUUGGUACUGGAAUCUUGUGUAAAAAAUUGUGGAACACUGAUUCACGAUGAGAUAGCUACCAAACAAUAUAUGGAACAACUAAAAGAAUUAGUCAAGACUUCUCCGCAUGAAAAUGUUAGAUUGAAAACUUUAGAGUUAAUACAAGCUUGGGCCCAUGCAUUUCGUCAUAGUCCCAAGUAUAGAACAGUCCAGGAUACUGUAAAUAUAAUGAAAGCUGAAGGAUAUCAAUUUCCUGCUUUAAAAGAAAGUGACGCUAUGUUUAGAGCGGACACUGCACCUGCAUGGGCAGAUGGUGAAGUAUGUCAUCGGUGUCGCGUUACUUUCAGCAUGGUUCAACGAAAACAUCACUGUAGAGCAUGUGGUCAAGUCUUUUGUGGUCAAUGCUCCAGCAAAGUUUCUACUCUGCCAAAAUUUGGGAUUGAGAAAGAAGUACGAGUUUGCGAAGCUUGUUACGAACAAGUUAACAAACCAUCUGCAACACAAACUAAAGAUACAGAUCUUCCAGCAGAAUAUCUCAAGAGCACUUUGGCUCAGCAGCAACAAGUUCCAGUUAGGAAAACGGAAGAAGAAUUGCGGGAAGAAGAAGAAUUGAAUCUAGCAAUAGCUUUGAGUCAAAGUGAAGCUGAACAGAAAGAAAAAGAGAAGAAACGCGCUACAAGUGCUUUAAAAUCCAAUCCUACUCCUAUAUCUAGAACAACAUAUUCACCACCACUGUCGCCGGGUCCUAGUCCAUCACGGAUACAAGAUGACGACGAGAUUGAACCUGAGCUUGCUAAAUAUCUAAAUCGCAAAUAUUGGGAGCAAAGACAAACUGUAAACGAAGAACAUGGAUCAAGAGUAGAUGUGACUAGUCCAUCUGCGCCAAAUAUAAGCAGUCCAAUGCCUCAAAGAGUCGUACUUGUAAAACAGGAAAAUGGCGAGAUUGAUACUCAAAUGGAAGAAUUUGUAGGUGGUCUAAGAUCUCAGGUCGAAAUUUUCGUAAAUAGGAUGAAAAGUAAUUCCUCGAGGGGAAGAUCAAUCGCUAAUGAUAGUUCAGUUCAAACCUUAUUCAUGAAUAUAACAGCUAUGCAUUCCAGAUUACUAAGAUAUAUCCAAGAGCAGGAUGAUAAUAGAGUGUAUUAUGAAGGCUUGCAAGAUAAAUUAACUCAGAUGAAGGAUGCUAGAGCUGCUUUAGAUGCACUUAGAGAAGAACAUAAGGAAAAGUUACGGAGGAGAGCAGAGGAAGCUGAAAGACAGCGGCAAAUGCUAAUGGCGCAAAAACUGGCAAUCAUGCGAAAAAAGAAGCAAGAAUACUUACAGUAUCAACGCCAGUUAGCUUUACGAAAGAUUCAAGAACAAGAGAGAGAAAUGCAAAUGCGUCAAGAGCAACAAAAACAGCAAUAUAUAAUGGGAGGUUAUCAAGCAGUUUCAGAUUUUAUGGGACCUUCUCAAGGAUCACCUGUUCGUCAUGUCCAUUAUCCGACUCCUGGAGCUAAUUAUAAUCCUAUGUCACCUACGAAUCAAGGAGUUUAUAUGUAUGGGCAACCAUCCAUGAGUCAAUAUCCUAUACAGGGUUAUAACAUGCCGUCGAUGAAUACAUUGCCGGUGCAUAUGAUAACAUCGCUUCCUAAUCCGGAUCAACAAUCGUCAGACCCAUCCAUCCAAGGACAGGAGAAUAUAAGUUGUGUGUCUAUACCAGGCCCAGGAAUAAUGCCUUCCCAAAUGACGCCGUCUAUUCAACAGCUUCAGCCACCGAGCAAUCAUCAGAUAGGACCCCAACAAAGUCCUCCAGUACAUAUGCCACCAGGACAAUCUUCAGCAGGUAGACCACCUCAACAAGGUGUCUCAUCUCAAAUAUCACAGCAAGCAGCUCCCUCGACUCAAAUCGGAUUACCUUCGAUACCUCAAAGUCACAUGGGUCCUUCAUCAGGUCCAGUAGCUCCAGGGAGUCUCGUACCUACUGGAACUGUGGUCGGUCUGCCUCCGCAAAUAGGAUCGCAAUCAUCUACACUACCUGGUAAUCAAGGAUCCUCGAUGCCAGGGCAUGUCGUUUCCAAUGCUGCCAUUUCCUCUCAACCUUCGGGCAUUAUUCAAAUACCUGCCGGCAGCGGACCUGCAACUAAUCAGGCUUUACCUGGUCUUCAAGCAUCUAAUGUACCGACAAUGCAAAGAAUGGCUCAAAUUCCAGCAGCGCAGUCAAUGUUUCAAGCUGCUCCUCCAAUUCCAGCUACAGCCAGUGAAGCUUUGCAAGAUGUUGAAGAUACAAAACCUAAAACAGCAGAAUUGAUUUCUUUUGAUUGAACAUUAUGUAUAAUGCAUUUAAGGUAAUGAAAGAUAUUGUUUUACUCUUCUUUCUCUCUAAAUUAAAACAUUGACAUUGUAAAGUUAAAAUACAAUUGCUUAUUUUACUUAAUGAAAUUUUGCCUCUGGUAAUAAAACCAUACUUUUAUAGGCCUGUUGCUUAUUGAUAUAUAAUAAACUAUUUCUAAAAAAAAAAAAAAAAAAAUAGAAUAAAA